GCCCUCGGCGUGUGCUGUAUCAUUGAGUAGCCCUGCACUAGAUCAUCCAAUCCAGCAGGUGCCAUGGAGAUCGUCUACGUGUACGUGAAGAAGCGCAGCGAGUUUGGCCGACAAUGCAACUUCUCCGACCGGCCAGUCGAAAUCAACGUGGACAUCCAUCCGGACCCCAGCCAAGCCACAAACUUCAUAGAGAGGAACCCCAUUGAUACUGGAAUACAGUGUGCCAGUGACAUGUCAGAGCAUGAGGUCAACACAGAGAGAUUUGAGAUGGAAAAUGAGGGCGUUAACCAUUUGGAAGGUGGGUGGCCAAAAGACGUCAACCCGCUGGAGAUGGAGCAGACCAUCCGAUUCCGGAAGAAAGUGGAGAAAGAUGAGAACUACAUCAACACCAUCAUGCAGCUCGGCAGUCUGAUGGAGCAUUGCAUCAAACAGAACAACGCGAUCGAUAUCUACGAGGAGUACUUUGAAGACGAAGAGACGGCGGACAUAGCAGAUGAGCCUCCAUCUGCAAAAACCAUUACUGUCUUCAGAGAUCCCAAUGUCAUCAAAAGGACAGCCACGCAUCUCUCCUGGCAUCCCGAUGCUAGCAAGAAGCUGGCAGUAGCUUAUUCCAGCCUGGAGUUCCAGCGAAGCUCUAAAGAAAUGAGCUACGAUUCAUACAUAUGGGAUCUCGAAAGUCCCAACAGACCGGAGCAGCUUCUGAGGCCAUCAUCCCCGCUCGUGAGCCUGGAGUACAACCCCAAAGACUCCCACGUCCUGGUUGGUGGAUGCUACAAUGGGCAGAUCGCUUACUGGGACACCCGGAAAGGGGGCCAGCAGGUGGAGCUCUCCACCGUAGAGUUCAGCCACAGGGACCCCGUGUAUGGAGUGAUCUGGCUUCAGUCCAAACAAGGCACAGACUGUUUCUCCGCCUCUACGGAUGGGCAGGUCCUGUGGUGGGAUAUCCGAAAGCUGAGUUCCAAAGACCCUGGGCGUCCCAGCUUACGUCUAGUCCAGGCUGGGGGUGCUGAGCGGGCUCAUGCUGGGCUCCUCGGCCAGCGGGGGAGAAGUGCCCAGUGGUGGACUCCUUCGGCAGGCUUGGAUGAUGGGCAGGCGGAUGUGGGGAGGGAACGUGCACUGCGCUUCCACCCACAGCCGACCAAGUUCAUGGUGGGGACGGAACAAGGCAUGGUGAUCACCUGUAACCGCAAGGCCAAGACGCCCGCCGAAAAGAUAGUUGGCACGUACAGUGGGCACCAUGGCCCCAUCUACGCUCUGGCUCGGAACCCUUUUUUCCCCAAGAACUUCCUGACCGUCGGGGAUUGGACGGCUCGGAUCUGGUCUGAGGACAGCAAGGAAUCAUCCAUCAUGUGGACCAAGUAUCACAUGGCUUACCUAACAGACGGGUGCUGGAGCACCGUCCGCCCGGGCGUCUUCUUCACCGCCAAAAUGGACGGGACCCUUGACGUCUGGGACUUCCUCUUCAAGCAGAACGACCCCUCCCUCAGCGUGAAGGUCUGCGACGAGCCUCUCUUCAGCCUGCGUUUGCAGGACAACGGGCGCUUCAUUGGCUGCGGCUCGAAGCUGGGCACGGUGACCCUGCUGGAGGUCUCGUCCGGGCUCUGCACCCUGCAGAGGAACGAGAAGAACCUGGCCAGGGCGAUGUUCGAGCGAGAGACAAAGCGAGAGAAGAUCCUGGAGGCCCGGCACCGUGAGAUGCGCCUGAAGGAGCGCACCAAGGCCGAGGGCAAGGAGGAGGAGGUGAAGGUGGACACGGAGGAGGAGUCGCCGGAGCAGCUGCUGAUUGGCAAGAGCCCAGGGUCACAGCUAGCGGGCACCCCCAGGCCUCAGGCAGGCCCGUAG